AUGGCUGCGGCGGCCGACCCCCCUCCUCCCCACUCCCCCCGCUCGGGGAGCCUCCUCAGCCGGAGGAGGCGACAACAAAGCGGCGGCGGCGGCGGCGGCAACGGCAGCGGCGGCUCCUCAACAUGGCAGCGCCGAGCGCGGCCACUUCCGGUAACCUCCGGGACGCACCACCGCGGCGGCGAGCGCGGGCGGGGGGGGAGCCCCGGCCCGGCCGCCGCCGCCCCCAGUCGCCCGGACCCCCUCUGGGCGUCUCCGCUGCCGGCUCGCCGCCUCGGAGCUCAGCCAGUGCCCGCUGGCGGUGGGGUCAGGGCCCCCGCGGGGGGGCUGGGGUGGGGCCCGGGGCGGGGAUGGGGCGCGGCGUCCCCCCCCGCGGGGGUGUGUGGUGCUGCGGUCCGUGGCUCAGGCAGCUGUAGCAGGGGGAGCUCGGGAGAGAAGAUGGAGGACGCCAGGGUCUGGCGGUGCCUCGCUGGGCACAGCUGGGCCGUCUCCCGUGACUCAGACACGGUGUCCAACACCGUCGCGUCCCUGUUAGACCCUCAGCGGAGGGCACAGGCCACAGCGGACACCCGCCUCUUCAAUCGCUCAUGCACAGCAUGGUCACCACCUCCAAAUUGGGGGAAACCCUUUCGACUUCGAGUGUCUCUUCCCUCUGGCAUUUCCUCCCCGGUCGGCUAAGCCCUCCGCGCUCUCGCUGAUAUGCAUCUCAUGGCUAGAUGGCCUUCCAACUCAAGCAGGGAAUCCCACUGGGGUGCAGCCUCAGAUCCUCCCAGUGUGGAGGGAAACACUUCCCACGCGUAGAGAUGUCAU